AUGCCUCCAUGCCGCCGUCAAGUCGAAAUCGACAUACAGCUCGAUGGUUUGCCCGAAAAGGUACAUAGCGGCGUUUUGGGCGACAACAGCGCUGCGACCGCGAAGUGGCGGUGGACAUGCUCCCAUGUUGCCGACGCGGCGCCGGAGUGGCCGGCGCUGCUCGCCGCGACCACGACGGCUACUCCGCUGCUCCGGGCCGACCCGUCCUACCCGACGGUGGCACUCUUCCACGACGCUGUGGGCCCUCUACUAGAGCCGUAUACCCUCUACCCAAAGAAGGGCGAGGAGGACGAGCGGCCCGCACAGGCCGCGAGCAGACAGCGCCUGCUGACCAUCUCGAGACAUUCGCAAAGAACGCUAGCUACAUGGGAGGGCUUCGUGGAGGAUGGAUUGAAAAACAUUCGAACAAAGAAGAGGCGACGGGAGGAACCGGCAGAGAGGAUGCAGUGA